AUGUUUGGAGGAAAAUCUGCACUCUCACAACCACCAUCCCCUCUUCAAAAGAAUAAUACACCAACACAAACAUCAUAUGAAAAGAUGAAACAAGAAAGAGAAGAACAAUUAGAGGCAGAGGACUUUGAACAAAGAAGAGAGGAAAUUAAAGAUUCAUUCCAAAAACAAUUUUUCAACAAUUUGGAUCCAAACGAAUUCAAAAAAGCUUGGGAACAAUCAAAGGUUGACGAAACUGCAGAAUAUAAAAAAAUUACAAUGAGACAACAACUUAGGUGGUGGAUAAAGGAUCAUGAUCGUUUCGAUCGUUUCAUUAAACUUCUUAUCAAUCCAACUGCAACAACCGAGGAAAAGGAAUACGCCAAACAACAAAUUGAUGAAAUGAUCAAAUUGUAUGGUGAGGUUAGAACUCGCCAUUCAAACAGAAAGAAAAUUCCUGCUCGUCUCAGUUUGGCAUUAGUAUUGUUUAUUUCUUUAAUAUCUUGGUUUGCUGUCGAAGCUCAACACACAAUGGUUAACAAGGAAAGACAAGAUCAAAUUCUUGGAGAGGUUGUAAAGAGAAGUCAACCUACUGAAGAAAUGAAAAAUGUACCUCAAGUUAACCACAGAGAAAUUCUUCAAGAAAUAGAAAACCAAAAGAGAUUACAAAAAUUAAAAGCUCAACAAAAAGAAUAA